AUGGCUGACCUUCAAUCAAAAGCACUCGAGCAAUUCGAUAAGCUUGUGCAGCGUGGUGAUAUCAUUUUUAAAGAUGCCCCGCCUGUUUCUAUUCGAGCCCAUCCGUUCAAUCUCCAAUUCCGCAUCGCAGCAAGCCUGACAAAGAAGCCACAAGUCCCGAUUAAGGACGCCCAGCAGGCACCCGAUGGUACGAAGGCUAAGCCUAGCCCGUUUGCCAAAGAUCCGCCGGAGUUUGUCCUCGAGCAUGUUGGACCAGAGCAUACCCUGCGUUUCAACAAGUUCUGUGUCGUCCGGCCUCAAUUUGUGCUUCAUACCAAUGAGUUCAAACCCCAGAUUGAGCCCCUUUGCGAAACCGAUCUCGCCGCUGCUUGGAACGUGCUUUAUCGGCUGCAAAGCCCGUACAUAAUCAUCUACAAUGGUGGGAUGCAGGGGGGUUGGUCGUUGCCGCACCGCCAUAUGCAGUUCCUGCCGCGGCCUCCACGAGAAAGCCACGAACUCUUUCCAGAUAAAUAUGGCAUCGAGAAUGGAAAGAUUCCGCAAGUUCCAUUCCAGAAUGCCGCGCAGAGGUUGCAGCCCUCUAUUUCAACCAACGAGCUUUUCGCGACCUACAAGGAGCUUUUGGAGUCUGCUGGUGUCACAAAGGAAGACUAUUCCCACAAUCUCGUUUUAGUGAAGGAGUGGAUGAUGAUUAUUCCGCGAUCUCGCGCGAGCCAAGAAGGCGUCAAUAUAGUAAAUGCGGCCGCCAUGGUUGGCAUGAUCUGGAUACCUUCCAACGAGGUUCUCGAGUCGGCCGUUGAUAUCGUCAUGAAAACGUACUCCCUUUGCUCUGGAGCGUCUACGCUCAUCCUGCUCCUCGUCUCUGUCGCAGAGGCGCGUCACGGCCAUGGUCAUGGCCAUGGAAAAGUCGCGAAUGUUCCCCUGGAUGGUUUCGGCUUGAAGCGUCAUCAGUUGUACCAUCGCGCCGCUGUCGAACCUCUUCGCAAGCCCAACGAAAUCUCCGGCCCCAAACUGCAAAGACGCGCCGGACAGUGCGAGUUUCCCUCCGAUGCUGGCCUGGUGGCUGUGACCCCAGGCGCGCAGAAUGCUGGCUGGGCUAUGAGCCCUGAUCAGCCGUGCAUGCCCGGUAACUACUGUCCCUACGCCUGCCCGGCAGGCAUGGUGAUGGCGCAAUGGGAUCCGUCUGCGACGGCGUACAAGUACCCAAUGUCCAUGAAUGGCGGUUUGUACUGCGACAAGAGCGGAAAGAUCACCAAGCCCUUCCCAAAUAAACCGUACUGUGUUGACGCGUCCGGUCCUGUCGUCGCGAAGAACAAUUGCGGCAGCGUCGUGUCGUUUUGCCAGACUGUCCUCCCUGGCAAUGAAGCUAUGUUGAUCCCUACCAGCGUCGAUAGUGAUGCAAAACUUGCUGUGCCGAAUCCUGACUACUGGUGUUCCACUGCUGCCCAUUACUACAUCAACCCACCUGGGAAGGACGCUUCCACUGCCUGUGUUUGGGGAAAAAAGGACAAUCCUUGGGGUAAUUGGGCUGCAUUCGUUGCUGGCGCGAACAUGGAUGCCAACGGCCAAACGUUCCUCAAGAUCGGCUGGAACCCUAUCUACAUCGAGCCCCAAACUCCUUUCCGUAACAAGAGCCCGUCGUAUGGUGUGAAGAUCGAAUGUGACGGCGGUGGCUGCAACGGUCUUCCUUGCGAAAUCGACCCUUCAAAGAACGGCGUCAAUGAAGUUACUGGCCGAGGUUCCGGCGGUGCUGGCGGCGCAAACUUCUGCGUUGUGACUGUGCCUAAAGGCAGCAAAGCGAGCGUCUCCGUGUUUCAACCAGGUAACAACAAUGGCGGCGGCGACGACGAAGCGAAAGCGAGAGUUGAUACGCCCAGCUCGAAGAAAGAGGAGUCCAAGCCAUCGUCCACGCCCUCUCCGUCUCCAUCUCCCUCGCCCUCACCCUCGACGAGCUCUACUCCCCCACCCAGCUCCUCUGCAGUGGAAACAUCCUCGUCGACUCCCCAACUGACCUCAUCCUCAAGCACCGUAAGCUCAAUCUCUUCCGUUUAUUCGUCGGCAAUCGCCUCGACAACAAAUUUCUCAAGUUCUAGUUUUGUAACACCAACUCCUAUCAAGGCUUCCUCCGUCUCGCCGCAAGUCUUCGUCGAGAAUCCUAGUUCAACCAUCUCUAGGAAGCUGAACUCGACCAACAUCAUGACCUCGCCAACCCUGCCUCGAUCAACCGCUCUGUCCAUGCCGUCCGCCCAAACUACCAAAACGGGCGCUGCGUCUACCGCAGCGCUAUCUGUCCUGAGCCUCACGGCCAGUUUUCUUGUUGUCUCCUUAUUUCUUAGCUUUUAG